UCCGUGUUUAAGAUCGGUUCUCGUUGGGACAGUGUUGUUUGUUGGAUAGCAGCAAGCACAUCUCAGUCCCGGACGCGCGUGUGUUGGACGUACUACUCUCAGUGUAGUUCGGGCUCUUGGAUAAGAGGAUGGAGUUUUACACUCGGAGACAUUUACUGUCCCAUUUACUAUUAGUAUUAGUUUAUGUAUCAACUUAUGUAGAAUCUUAUAGCCAUCACGUAAGACACUACAAGGAGCGCUUCAAAAGACAACACGGAGCUCAUCUCUUCCUGCCUGGAAGUUACAUUACCGACAACAAUGAUGAGGAGACCGGACCGUGGCAGGACUGGUCUUCGCCUAGUCCUUGCAGCAGGACCUGCGGUGGAGGCGUCUCCACUCAGCAGAGGAUAUGCACGGAAGGCUACCAAUGCACAGGACCCACCAGAAGACAUUUCUCGUGUAACACGCAGGAUUGUUCGGACAACGAGGACUUCAGAGCAAAGCAGUGUUCUGAAUUUGAUAACAUUCCUUUCGAAGGCAUCAAUUAUAAAUGGACUCCUUACAACAAGGCUCCAAACCCAUGCGAAUUGAACUGCAUGCCUCGCGGAGAAAAGUUCUACUACCGCCACCGGACGCAAGUCGUGGAUGGUACUAGGUGUAAUGAAGACUCCAUGGAUGUUUGCGUUGCUGGAAAAUGUGAAGCCGUUGGAUGCGACAUGAUGUUAGGAUCCAAUACUAAAGAAGAUAACUGCAGGGUUUGCGGGGGCGACGGUAGCUCUUGCAACACGAUUACUGGACUUUUGGACAUGCAAGACUUGCAAAUAGGAUACAAUGAUAUUUUGCUGAUACCGCAGGGAGCUACUAACAUCGAAGUAACUGAAAUAGACCCUUCAAACAACUACUUAGCUGUUCGUAACACAAGCGGUUAUUACCAUUUGAACGGUAACUGGAGGAUUGACUUUCCAAAAACUCUUGAAUUUGCCGGAUCCAAGAUACAUUACAAUAGGCAGAGCCAAGGUUUUUCAUCGCCCGAUAGCAUUUCCACUUUAGGUCCUAUCGAUGAAGCACUCUUCAUUGUUCUGCUCUUCCAAGAUAGAAAUGUUGGUGUAAAGUAUGAAUACAGUGUUCCAACGAACAUUGUAGUUAGCACAGAUGACAAGGCUUAUGUUUGGACCUUCGAUCAAUAUACUCCAUGUACCUCAUCGUGUGGAGGAGGUGUUCAAUACAGGAACGUUAGUUGCGCUGGCAGAAGAAACUUGGAUCCAGCGGACGAGAAGCUUUGCGAUCCAAAUACCCGACCAGAGAAUGCUCAACGAUGCGGAGAGCAACCUUGCGAACCCAGAUGGGUCACGAAACCUUGGCAGAAAUGCUCGGCUCCGUGUGGCGAGGUUGGAACCCAGGACAGGCAAGUAUUGUGCGAGCAAAUCAUCACCAAUGGCGUAGCAAGCAUCGUCGAUGACUCCCAAUGCGCGAGAAUCCCAAAACCUGAUACUCAACAAGCAUGUAACGUUGGAGAAAUUUGCGCUGAGUGGCAUACCGGACCAUGGAAACCGUGUGAUCAUUUGUGCGGCGAAGGCAAAGAAACCAGAGUUGUCACAUGUUAUCGCAAAGAUAAUGGAAAAAUUGUCAAACUUAACGACACCGACUGUAGCGACGAGAAACCUGAGAGCGAGAAAAAAUGCAAUUUAAGACCAUGCGAAGGUGUGGAUUGGAUCGUCUCCGAUUGGUCUGGUUGCGACAAAUGCGGAUUAGUGUCGGAAUCUCGUAAUAUCGAAUGCGCAACGGCCAAGGGUGAAAUCUUUCCAAAUGAAUUGUGCGAAACGGAAAUGAAACCGGAAACUGUAAGAAAGUGCGACAUGCCGUCGACCGGUUGCGAUUAUGAAUGGUACGCAUCGCAAUGGAGCGAGUGUUCUGCGAAAUGCGGAAGUGGCGUUAAAACUCGUAAAGUGUUCUGCGCUUCCGUCGACACUUUCGAAAAGAAGGACGAUAAAUUUUGCGAUCCUGCGAAAAGGUACAACAAGGAAGAGGAAUGCGUUGGUGAACUGGAGACUUGCACCGGGGAGUGGUUUAGUGGACCAUGGAGCAAGUGCUCAAAAGAAUGCGGUGGUGGGCAGAAAGCGAGAAAGAUUGUAUGCUUGUCCGAGGGACUCGUUGUUAAUAUCACCAAUUGUGGACCUUCAUCGAUUCCAUCAGGAUCGGAAUCCUGCAAUCAACAAGCAUGCGAUAAAGACGAAAUUCUUCCAGUCGAUGUAACGAACCCAGUAGAUGUUACAGAUCAAGACUCUACUACCACUAUGAUGCCCGAAGAGGUAACUACGGAGAACGAAGAUGAUUACGAAAUAGUAGAUGCCGAUGAGUGCGAUGACGGUGAAUGGGUUUAUGAUGAUCUGACUAUUGAAAAUUCCAAUGAUAAACCUUCUGCUGAACCGUCCUUGGCUACAGAUGAUUUAAUGUAUGGCGAUGAUCCCAAUGCAGAUGACAAACUCUUAGAGCGUUUUAUUGAAGGAUCUGGGCAAUCUACAGAAACCUCGUGGACUAACACAGACGAAGGUUCUGGAGAUGAUCAAAGCACAUUAAUUUCUGAAGACUUAACCACCGAACAACAAGCUUCUGUUGGAAGUACAAGACAAAGAUCAGACGUCACAAUUUCUGAAGAGGACUACAGUACAGAUGAUUUUACUGAUGUCUUCACUGACCCUUCAUCUGCAUCCUCAGAGUUUGACACCAACCCAACGGAAGAUUCAUCAGAAAUAAUUGAUUCCACUACUGAAAUUAGUUCCGAAAACAGUGUAACUGAAGAUAUUACCUUGUCUUCCAAUACGGAUACUUAUUCCAAUGAAAGCACAGAGAGUUCUAGCGAUGAAUCUAAUACAGAAACAAAUGAAUCUUCAACCAUAAAAUCAGAAUCGGAUGAACCUAUAGAUUCAUCAAGCGAAGACACUUUGAAUGAAUCAGACUUACCGCAACCAACAAAAAUGACUACUUUAGAUAUAUCGGCUAAAACUGACAUAGAAUCAACAACGAAAGAAAUUAGUUCAGAUAUGACAACCGAAUACUAUACCACGGACUCAGCUACUAAUAUUCCAACUUAUGAUGUUAGUGAAUCUUCAUCCGACUUAAUUGAUAGUAGUGAAUCAACAACAAGCGGAGGUGAUGAGUCUACAACUGAAAUGGUUGACGCAAGUGAUUUGACAUCAAUUGAAGAUAGCGAAUCCACCACUAAAAUGGCUGAAUCAAGUGAUUCUUCAACAAUUGAAGAUAGCGACCUUACAACUGAAAUGGUUGAUACAAGUGAGUCUUCAACAAUUAAAGACAGCGAAUUGACAACGAAAAUGACUGAAACAAGUGAUUCGUCAACAAUCGAAGAUAGCGAAUCAACGACGAAAAUGGUUGAUGCAAGUGAGUCUUCGACAAUUGAAGACAGCGAGGCAAUAACGAAAAUGGUUGAUACUAGUGAAUCUUCAACAAUUGAAGAUAGCGAGUCAACAAAGAAAAUGGUUGAUGCAAGUGAAUCUGCAUCAACUGAAGACAGUGAGGCAACAACUGUAUCUCUUGAAUCUGAUGAGUCUACGACAUUGGACGCUAGUGCAACUGAUUCCACGACUGUAAAAUCUGAUAUUACAACUGUAGAAUCCGAUAUUACAACUGUAGAAUCCGAUAUUACUACUGUAGAAUCCGAUAUUACUACUGUAGAAUCCGAUAUUACUACUGUAGAAUCCGAUAUUACUACUGUAGAAAUGCUAUCUGGUGAAUUCACCACAGAAUUCGAAACAACCGACGCAACAGAUAUUGAUAGUACUACUGAUUACGACAUGGAAGGAACGACAGUCAGUGCAUUAACAGAUGUAACGAGCUCUUCAGAGUUCGACAUUUGGUCAUCAACAACUGAAAGCGGUUCAACGGAUUGGGAAACAACGGAAAUUAUGGAAAUAUUUACACCAAAACCAAAGAAAUGCAGGCGCAAGAAGAAGAAGAGUUGCAAGACAAGUACAUACGGAUGUUGUUUCGAUAAAGUUACAUCCGCCCAGGGUCCAUUCGACAAAGGAUGCGCGAUUCCCAAAACUUGCAAGGAAACCGAGUUUGGAUGUUGCGAAGACGGCGUGUCUAUGGCUCUCGGAGAUAACUUCAAAGGAUGUCCAUCCUCUCACUGCGAGGAGUCAUUGUUCGGUUGCUGUUCUGAUAAUAGGACACCGGCUGAAGGAGAAAAAAACGAAGGAUGCCCGGCGCCUCCGCCGGAAUGUCUUAAAUCUACAUUUGGUUGCUGUAGCGAUAAUACCACUGAAGCGAAAGGUCCAAACGAGGAAGGAUGCUUGGAGAUUUUGGAAGUUGCAUCUAUUAGCUGUUCGGAAUCUACAUUCGGUUGUUGUCCGGAUGGGGAAACUAAGUCAGAAGGGAAAUACUUUGAGGGUUGCCCAUUGCCAAAGGAAAAUUGCAUACAUUCGCAGUUUGGAUGUUGUCCAGAUGGCGAAACGUCAGCACAAGGACGAAACUUCAGAGGUUGUGCAGUGGCAUGUUCCAACAGUACAUUUGGUUGUUGCGAAGACGGCCUUACACCAAGUCAUGGUUAUAACAGAGAAGGCUGUUGCUUGGCCACAGUAUACGGAUGCUGUCCAGAUAACAUUAAGGCAGCAGAGGGACUCAAUCUGGAAGGUUGUGGCUGCGAAUAUUCUCCAUAUAAGUGUUGUCCUGACAACAUCACAUCUGCGCGAGGUCAAAAUAACGAAGGAUGCGGUUGCCAACAUACGGAACACGGUUGCUGUCCAGACAAUUAUACACCAGCUGCAGGACCAGAGUAUCAAGGAUGCCUUUGUCACACAUUCCAAUUCGGUUGUUGUCCUGACGGCAUCACCAUUGCAAUUGGAGCACAGCAACAAGGAUGCGAAUGUGGAAAAACUCAAUACGGAUGUUGCUCUGAUAACCAAACACUCGCAAGAGGUCCGAACAAAGAGGGAUGCGGCUGCGAAUCUUCGACAUAUGGUUGCUGCCACGAUGGAGUUACUGAUGCACAAGGGGAUAAUUUCGAAGGAUGCGAAGAUGUUCCAGUUAACAAACAGGCUGAGUGCUCGUUACCAAAAGAACGUGGAUCUUGCAGGAACUAUACUGUCAAAUGGUUCUUCGAUAUGGAAUACGGUGGUUGCUCCAGGUUCUGGUACGGAGGAUGCGAUGGCAACAAUAAUCGUUUCAAAAGUCAAGAAGACUGCAAAGAGGUGUGCGUUGAACCGCAGGGCAAAGACAGAUGUAAACUACCGAAGGUUGUUGGAGCGUGUGAAGGUUAUUACCCGUCCUGGUAUUACGAUAAAGAUCGUAAUCAAUGCAGUCAAUUCUAUUACGGAGGAUGUCUUGGAAAUAAUAACAGAUUUGAAACAGCAGAAGAGUGUCAAAAUGAAUGCGUCGUCGAUACUUAUUCUGAUGCUUGCGAUCAACCGAAAGAAGAAGGACCUUGCCGUGGACAGUAUCUGCGCUGGUAUUUCGACAAAGAAUCAUCCACUUGCUCGCAGUUUUAUUAUGGUGGUUGUAAGGCAAAUAGUAACAAUUUUGCAACUGAAAUUGCUUGCAAGCAAAAAUGUUCAGAUCCCAACAGGAGAAAGGAUCACUGCUCUUUACCAAGAGCGCAGGGUAACUGCACCAAAAAUGAACCCAGAUGGUACUUUGAUGCAUCUCAAAAACGCUGCAUGCCGUUUUACUUUUCUGGUUGUGAUGGCAACAAAAAUAAUUUCCAAAGUAAAGACCAUUGCGAGGCGGACUGUCCUCAAGAUAUUAUCAAAGAUACUUGUCAACUUCCCUCUGAUGUUGGAAAUUGCUCAGAAUACGUUGCUAAAUGGUACUAUGAUACAAGAGACAAAGCUUGCAGACAAUUCUAUUACGGCGGUUGCGGUGGUAAUGAUAACAAUUUCAUUACUGAAGAUGACUGUCUGAGAAGAUGCGAUAAAUCUGAAAGCGAAGUUGAAACAAAACCUGAAUCUCAGCCAGAGCCCGAAUCUGCAGUUCGACAAGAAUUACAGCCUAAAGUGGAACCCGAAGAAAACAACGAAGUAUUAGAUCAUUUCAAGCAAGAUGAUUGUUUCCUGCCAAGCGAAGCUGGACCAUGCAGAGACAAUGUCGAAGCAAGAUGGUUCUAUAACGAAAACGGUGUAUGCAUGCAAUUCAUGUACGGCGGAUGCGGUGGCAAUAGGAACAACUUCAAAACGUCCGAUGAAUGUAUACAGAAGUGCGGAAAUGCUAGGGACCUAUGUGCUUUGCCUAUGGUGGUAGGUCCUUGCAAUGCGCACUACGAUAGUUUCUUCUACAACUCCACUACAGAUAACUGCGAACCGUUUAAAUUCGGAGGCUGUCAAGGCAAUGAUAAUAGGUUCGACAAACUGGUCGAUUGCGAGCAGAAAUGCAAACGUGGACCUUUCACAGCUACACAGGCACCACCACCUGAGCAACCAGUUCAAGAAUUGGAUGACAGUACCAAAAUAUGUUAUCAACCUGUUGAUACCGGAAACUGCAACGACAGUAUCGCUGCAUACUUUUUCGAUCCUGCAACUCACAAAUGUCAAACAUUCACUUACUCUGGUUGCGGUGGAAACGCUAACAGAUACAACAGUGAGGAACAGUGCGAAAGACAAUGCGGAAGAUUCAGAGGACAAGAUGUUUGCAAAAUGCCCGUGGAUGUUGGUCCAUGCAGGGCUCAAAUAAGGAAAUCUUAUUACGAUAGUUCGUUGGGUCGCUGCGCAGAGUUUAAUUAUGGAGGAUGUGAAGGAAACGGCAACAGAUUCAGUUCUAUUUCGGAGUGCGAAGGCAUUUGCUUGCUCCACGAGGAGACCAAAACAAACGUUAGCAAAACAAACGUUAGCAAUAUAGAAAUUUGCCGUUUGCCGGUGGAUAGUGGCACAUGCUACCAAAAUAGCUACAAACAUUGGUACUUUAACGACGAGCGUGGAGAAUGCAUGGCAUUUAUUUAUACCGGUUGCGGUGGAAACUUCAACAGAUUUAAUAGUUUCCAAGCAUGUAUUGACACGUGCGGAGAUUAUAUACCUCCACCUAUCAACGAAAUUGAUAGCGAAUUACCAACAGAAGUACCGAACUUGUGCCUUGAAGAGCAAGAAACAUGUAAUACAAUGAAAUGCGCUUACGGUAGAAAGAGUAGCAUUGAUGAGAAUAUGUGCACCAAAUGCUCAUGCUACGAUCCAUGCGAAGGACAAGUCUGCGAUGAAAAUUCUCAAUGCGGAGUCGAUAUAAACAUGAACAGGACUUCAGAACAGGAUGCUUCCUACGUUCCCGUUUGUAGACUGAUUUCGAAACCUGGUUCAUGUCCGGCGAUACAAGAAAAUCCAGAGCAAUGCAACAAUGAAUGCUAUAACGAUGCUGGUUGUUUAAUGGAUUUGAAGUGCUGUUCAACAGGAUGCGGAAUGGCUUGCGUGGCUCCAUACAGUCAACCAGCUGAAUUAGUUACAGCAAACUAUCAACCAGCCUACACUGAUCCAUCAGUCAAUAUUGGUUAUUAUCCACCACAAAUAAAUUAUGAAAUUUAUAAACCGGAGGUUACGGGCAAAGAAGGUGACAUGGUUACACUUGACUGCGCGGUUAGAGGUAAUCCCAAUCCCAAGAUCACCUGGAGAAAAGAUAAUCUUUUGAUCGAUGGUCUUCAAGCAAAGUACAGGAUUCAGUUCGAUGGUACUCUAAACAUCAUCACCUUGCAUAAGACCGACUCUGGCGUGUACGUGUGUGUCGCCGACAAUAACAUUGGUCAACCAAUGCAUAACCAAAUAUCGUUGAACGUCGAAGAUGGAGAAGAAUCUCCGGCUCGUAUUUACGAGAUGCCCGAGGAGCAACACAUAGUCUCUCUUGGUUCGAGAGCGGAAUUAAGAUGUUACGCAUUAGGUUUCCCAUUCCCGUCGGUUACAUGGUGGAGGAAUAACUCUAUGCUGCCACUAAAAAAUAACUUCUACGAACAGCGCAAAGACUAUUCCCUUCAGAUACAUUCGGUCCAAUUGACCGAUCUGGGUUCAUACACGUGUCAAGCGUACACAGGUUUUGGAAAGGCGGCAAGUUGGACGGUCACCGUCCAAGCUUACGGACCCGUUUACACUACUAACCCCGAUGAACAGAUAUACAUGAAAUACGUCGUUGAUGCUCCUACAAGACCUGAAACUAUCGAACGUCCCCAGUAUCCUUACAGACCACGGGGUACUGUACCACCGAUACAACCUCCUCCUCCACCACCACCAACACCUCAACCAUUUAUCCCACAACCGUACACCGAACCCCAACCAGAAAUAAGACCUGAACAACAUUGGAACAUUGGAGCACCUCUAAUUGUACCAAUCAAAAUAAAUAUGGUACUGCCCGAACAAAGCUAUGCCAUUGGUAGCAACAUUACCAUUCCUUGCGAUGUCGAUGGAUAUCCUACGCCUCAAGUUCACUGGUACAAAGACAACAUUGAAAUAACGGAGUCCGAAAAAUAUUUUAUCUCAGAGAGCAACCGUUUGACUGUAAGACAUAUCGACAUGUACGAUUCCGGCUACUACAAGUGCGUUGCAGGCAAUCAAUACAGCAAUGCCUUUAGUGAGGUCCACAUUCAGACGCAAGAUAUUCGAGCGGACUGCACCGACAAUCAAUUCUUCGCCAAAUGCGAUUUAAUUGUUAAAGCGAAAUUCUGCAAGCACGAAUACUACGCGAAGUUCUGCUGCAAGUCUUGCACCUUAGCUGGUCAAUUGUCAUAAUAAUUUCUAGUAUUAAAACUAAUAAUGCUACAUUAUAACUAGUCUCAAUGAUUUUUUUAUGUAAUUAAUUUCGUGCAAGUUACUUAUAACAAAAUAUUUAAUAGAUGCGACACCACAUUUACAAAGUGGAUUUUCAUAUUGCCGAUCCGUUUAUUUCGAACACACCGAUUCUAUAUUUAUAUUAAACAUAUUCUAGUAAUUAUUGUGUAAAAUACUACUACUACUUUUUUUGUUUUAAUUAUGUUUUCCUUUUUGUAUGGGCGUUUCACUUGACAAACCCCAUUUUUCGUCAGAUCGUGCAAUUGUAUUACAUGUAUAUAUAUAUUAUUAUU